AUGAGCGCGUGGAAAGACGCCCCCGAGCUCGGCGCGUAUGCCGCGCAGCACAAUACCGACGAUGACGACGAGAUCUUUGCGGAGCUCGAGGCGGAGGUCGAGGCGCUGAACGAGGCGGACGCGGACGACGCCGCGGCGGCCGUCGGCGGCUCGGGCCGCGACGCGAAAGGCGAUCUGGCGAGCGCCUUUCACGAGUUUCGCGCACAGCGGCUUGCUGAGAUCGAGGCUGCCGUCGCCGCACACCGUGGCGCGGACGACACGGGGCGCGGCAAGUACCACGGGGUGCGCGACGAAAAAGAGCUGCUCCGCACCUCGUACAAAGAGCCGCGCGUCGUGAUCCACUUUGCGCACAAAGAGUUCCGGCGGUGCCACAUUCUCGACCGGCACCUCGAGCACCUCGCGCGCCAGCAUCCCAAUACCCUCUUUCUCAAGGCAGAUGUAAAAGACACGCCGUUUCUCGUGGAAAAGCUCGGGAUCCAAGUCCUGCCGUGCCUCCUGGCCUUUGUGAGCGGCGUGUGCAAGGAGCGCUUUGUCGGCUUCGAAGAGUUUGGCAAUGCAGACAACUUUACGACGGCCGCGCUCGAGUGGCGCCUGGGGCGCGUCGGUGUUAUUACGCCGCAACAGACAGCCAGCAAACCGAUCCUCGGCUUUGGCGUGCCACAGAAGCAAGAUGCGGUAGACGACUGGGACGACUAG